GCAGCAACUUAAAGCUGCUAGGGCCAAUAAGCAUGCAAAGCAUGCAAAUUAUAAAAAUCUGGAUGACUAUAUUUGGUCGGAUAAUAAUAUUGAUGAAAGGUUUUCCGAUUAUUUUGCUAUUUUAUUGACAGCAGAUAAAAAUAUAAAUGAUUGGAAACCUUUAGGUAGAACAAUAUAUGUUGGAGGUUCUAAAAGAACUCAAAGACACAAAAAAGCAGAACUAAAGAAGGCUGCACAAAAUACUCGACCUAUCACUGCUUCGACUUCUACUUUUGGAUUGUUAACAGAAUUAUGUGCGGCAACUGAGGUAGAAUCAAUAGGAAGUGAAUCAAUAGAGGUAGAAUCAAUUGAGGUGGAAUUGGUAGAAUCAAUGGAGGUGGAAUUAAUGGAAUCAAUGGAGGCGGAAUUGGUGGAAUCAAUGGAGACAAAAUUGGUGGAAUCAAUGGAGACAGAAUUAGUGGAAUCAUUGGAGGCGGAAUUAGUAGAAUCAAUGCAGGUAGAAUUGGUGGAACCAACAGCAGAUGCAUCAGCUGAAAUUGAUGAGAAAACAACAAUGAG